AUGAUCUUUGAGACUAUACUUGAUCUUCAAGCUUUACCUUCAAAUUCAAUCUUGGUCCUCGAAAAUCCGCAUGGUCGAGGUAUUCGACUUGACCAUCUCUCAUCUAUUACCAAAGAAUCUAAAUCCAAUCAAGAACCUUCAUUUCAAAAUAUUGUCUUGGAAAGAUGGACAGUAUCCUUAUCUACACCUAUUCCUCCAUUACCCGGUCCUGAACUACCUACAGUCUAUCGAUAUUGCAUUGUUCAUUUUCGAGCACUUUACUCUUACUCUCGGACUUUACCAGCUUGGCAACUCUUUAAACGUCUAAGGAAACCGGGUUCAAGGGAACAUGAUCUCUUGAAGAUUGGAUGUCGUCUUAGUAGUACUAGUGUCAUAGAUGAAGCUGAAAGAUCACAACGAGGGAUGGAUCGAAACUCAUUCAUAGAUGAGAUUGGUAUCGAUCAACGCUUAUCGGAUCUCGAUCCUCAAACACAUCUGAAACACUUUCAAUUUCCAAGUGUUCAAACCCCAUAUGGUGCACUUCAUUCACACGUCGCAUAUCGUAAUCAAGUGGAAUUUUAUAUCAGUGAUCGAGAAACGGCUCUUAGUUCUAAAUUCAUGGCUGAGGAUUUGAAUCCUAAUCCUCAAGCUGAUCUCAUCAUGGGUCUUCAUCGCCUUCGAUCAGGCUAUUCAGUGCCUAAUCCGAUCAAAACUAAUCAAUCUACUCGAACUCAUGAUAAGGUAUCUACUCAUCAAGAACAUCAGGAUCCCAUCUCUCCCAAACCUUCCUAUGGAUCUUUAUCCUCAAGACACCCUUUGCAUCCUCGAUCCAAUUCUAAUGAAGUCAAUGAUCCUGAUCGACCUGGUAGUGCAGCUAGUUCUUUAACAGCUGCCAUUCGAGCAGCAGCAGAAUCUUCAUUUUCAACUCCUAUUCCUCAACAUCCACCUCCAACCCAACUUUCUCAGUUACAUGGGAAUGUAAGUAUUGAAAUCUCUCUCAAUAUCUUGAUACUGAAGCUUCUCGAGCUCAUGUUCUUUAUCUCCUAUCUCUCCUCUUUGCUCAGAGUUCUGCAUUAA